AUGGCUGACUCGCCCGCCGCUGCAACAGGUGCUCUUCCUGGAGAGUCGCCCGCCCAGGCAAAGGCUCGGCUGCGCAGAGAGCGUCUCGCGGCCAAGAGCGGCGCGUCCCGCCUGCAGCAGAUUACCGCUCUGCAGGGUGGCCCGCCAAAGGACCUCAGCGAAAUUGAAAAGGAUGUGCCAGGUACUUACAAGCUGCCCCUUCGGCGCUCCGCUGCGUCCGCGGAAACGUCCCCCUCUGCAGCCCGACUGCGACUCCAUGGAGAGACGGCUAACCGCAUUCCAGUCAAGCCCUCGCCUGCCACGCCCACGCCCACGCUCUCUCGCACGGCGACUCCAGAUCCAGACGAGAUGGACAUCUCGCAACACCAUUAUGUGCCCGCCUCGCACCCCCGACUCCCCUCGCCCCUCGCCUUCGACCCCAACCGGGCAAGCCCCUUUGGCCCGCCGCCCGCCUCAGACGCUCCGCAGGAUCCUUCGCAGGACCCCAUGAUGGCAAUGCUCCAGCAAAUGAUGGGCGCCAGUGCUGGCGGUAUGCCUGGCAUGCCCGGCGGCCCUGGCCAGGCCACCCGCUUGCUUGCACCUCCACCCGCGAACCGCCUGCCUCCCACGCCGACGCGCGAGACAGAGACAGAGACAAAGAGAGAGAGACGCUUUCACUUUGGCCUGGCCCGGCCUGGCCUUGCCGCCGUCGUACGCGCGGCACGGCCCGUAUCACGUACUCACUGCGCCCACAUCACACGUCGGCACCCCCAGCACAUCGACCAACCACCGUUGCCUGGCCAUGAUGCCACGAGGCCACCACGCCCUCGUUUUCUUUUUCCUCGCCGCAGAAUCGCCUGCUCGUUCCAUGUCGUGACGGGACCGUGGUCCGGCACACGUCCGUUGGCGCAUAUUCGUAUUAGUGAUCCGUGUCAAUUAUAA